GGCGGUCGAAUCGAGACAAGCGAGUUCGAAGAGUACCCUGAAGGACACUUCUACACCGUCCAAGAAAACGCUUGGAUGGACGCUCUUACCUGGCGUUUUUACGUAGGAAAGUUGUUAAAAUAUGAAGUUGAUGGGCCUGCUGUCCUCCUUCUCGACAACUUCGAGUGUCAUGUGUCGGAAGAGAAGCAGUGGCUCGUUGCUGAAGUUGCUAAUGCUACUGUGGUCCCCCUACCCGCAAACAGCGCACCUGCUUGCCAGCCGCUUGAUGUCGGUGUAAUGAGGCCACUAGAGGCAAAGUUGCGCAUCGAGCUGGUCUGGCAUCAUGGGUGCCAGUGCUAA